GUUGGCCGUCUUUCUUUGACCUUGUGAAGGAGGAGUCCAUCGUCCAGACUGAUGAUUUUUCCUAUGGGAUGCACAGAGUGGAGACUACCUGCAGCCAGUGUGGAGCUCAUCUGGGACACCUGUUUGAUGAUGGACCAAGGCCCACUGGAAAACGCUACUGCAUUAACUCUGCCUCACUGGCUUUCCAGCCUAAAGACACCUUGUCCACCUCCAGCUCCAUGGCUGAAGGUGGAACUGCCAGCAGCUCAGUGAGUGAUGGGAAGAUGGAGCUCUGAAAGAAAGACUGUCUGCUGACUGUGUAUGAAGUCUAAUAGUACACAUACAUAAAUUACUUAAUGUAGUUAGGUUCUGUAUUUUUGAUGCAAGAUGUGAAGAUAGAGUAGAUUGGAUAUUGCAAAAGGAUGGAAUGCGUUCAGGCAUCAGACACAGGCCAGAGAAAUACUUUCUGGUGUAUAAUCUUCAUCACUCAUCAAACAUCACUAGGAGUGCACGCUUCCAAAACAGCCAUUUUGUAGUCACAGCCAAAGCUGUAAAACACACUAUAUCAGCUGAUUGCCUUAAAGGGAACAUAAGUAUUUAAUAACCUGUGUUCUAUUCUCAGAUAUUUUUAAGCUGACUCUUGGUCAUGAUAACAUUAUUUGUAGAGAUUUGGGGAAAAGGGAGCAGAAAGAGUUUGUUAUAGUAACGACAGGGAGAAAAAUGCUAGAGGUCUUGAGAUGAUUUUGUUUAGACACUUUUGUUGCUGCAUUUCCCAACUCUGUCUCCAGCUGAGGGAGUGAAUAAAAUGUUAUGAUGGACAUGACCCUGGUAAAAAAAAUUAACAUUCAUGUUGACAAAUACCAUACCACAAGUUUCCCUUAUUUCCCUUUAAUUUUCUAGAUCUGGGCAAUAGCAUUUGGUCUGCUAAUUUAAAUAUGUAGGUGCUGUGUAGUAGUAGAGAACACACACAUAUACAUAAAUAUGUAUAAUGUAUAUCUAUAUAUAUAAUGUAGAGCUUGGGAUAUUCUAACUAAAAAAAUGUUUUAUUAGAAUAUAUUUUUUAAGUGAUAUUUGAUACUGAGAUACUAUGCAAAUGCUUCUGUCAGCAGUGAUACAGGCAGUGACUGUGCAUACUGUGACAGAUAGCAUUUGAUAGUAAACAAAUAAUUUACUGUGGCAUUUAGGUCACUUCCUGUAUUUGUUCCUUCUCUAGUUCUUCACUUUAGUAAAUAUGUUUGGUCACAGCUUGCAUUAAAAAAGUUAAUGGGUCAAUAAAUACAAUAAAACAAUAAAAUAUCUAGAAACAGA